UGCCGGGAGCGGGGCGCUGGUCGCGGGUCGCGAUCGAUCGCGAUCGAUCCCGAUUGAUCCCGAUCGGCCGCGAUCGAACCGGGCCCCGGGGCCCCUCCCCCCGCCGCGAUGUUCUUCACGUGCGGCCCCAACGAGGCCAUGGUGGUGUCGGGUCUGUGCCGCAGCCCCCCGGUGCUGGUGGCCGGGGGUCGGGUGCUGGUGAUCCCCUGCCUGCAGCAGAUCCAGCGGAUCUCCCUGAACACGCUGACGCUGCCGGUGCGCAGCGAGAAGGUUUACACGCGGCACGGGGUGCCCAUCUCGGUCACGGGCAUCGCUCAGGUGAAGAUCCAGGGGCAGAACAAGGAGAUGCUGGCGGCCGCCUGCCAGAUGUUCCUGGGCAAGUCGGAGUCCGAGAUCGGCCAGAUCGCCCUGGAGACCCUCGAGGGCCACCAGAGAGCCAUCAUGGCCCACAUGACCGUGGAGGAGAUCUACAAGGACCGGCAGAAGUUCUCGGAUCAGGUUUUCCGCGUGGCCUCGUCCGACCUCGUCAACAUGGGCAUCUCCGUGGUCAGCUACACACUCAAGGACGUGCACGACGAGCAGGAUUACCUGCGCUCCCUGGGCAAGGCCCGCACGGCUCAGGUGCAGCGCGACGCCCGCGUGGGAGAGGCCGAGGCCAAGCGGGACGCCGGGAUCCGGGAAUCCCGGGCCCGUCAGGAGCAGCUCUCAGCCCAGCUGCUCUCCGAGGGUUUCACGGCUCGCUCCGAGCGCGAUUUCCGGCUCUGCCAGGCCCAGUGCGACGGCGCCGUCAGCGCCCGCCGCGCCACCGCCGAGCUCGCCUUCCAGCUCCAGGCGGCCCGCACGCAGCAGGCGAUCGCGGAGCAGCGGGCGCAGGUGGAGGUGGUGGAGCGGGCGCAGCGGGCGCAGCUGCAGGAGCAGGAGGUCGGGCGGCGCCAGCGGGAGCUCGACGCCACCGUCCGCAAACCCGCCGAGGCUGAGAGGUUCCGCCUCGAGCGCCUGGCAGAGGCCCAGAGGACGCAGGUGCUGCUCCAGGCGGAGGCCGAGGCCGAGGCCCUCAAGGUGACGGGGGCGGCGCGAGCGGCCGCCGUGUCCUCCCGGGCUCGCGCCGAAGCCGCCGCCGCCGCCGCCAAGGCCGAGGCCUUCGGCCAGUUCCAGGAGGCCGCCGUCGUCGAGAUGGUGCUCAACAGGCUGCCCCAGGUGGCCGAGGCGGUGGCCCAGCCCCUGUUGGGGACCCGCCGGGUGACCCUGGUGGCCUCGGGCGGCUCCGGCGCCGUCGGCGUCUCCCGAAUUCCCGGCGAGAUCCUGGAGCUCGUCACCCGCCUGCCCCAGGCCGUCGGAUCCCUGGCACAGGUGACCCUGACGGAGCCCGAGGCCGGAGCCACCCGAGGGUCCCCAAGUGCCACCAAAGUGUCCCCAAGUGCCACCGAAGUGUCCCCAAGUGCCACCAGCGGGACCCCCCCGGGCGCCACCAACCCCCCAAAGUGACCCCAAAGUGUCCCCGGGUGCCACCACCCCCCAGGGCCACCAUCAUGUCCCCAAGUGCCACCAAACUGUCCCCAAAUGCCACCACCCCCCCAGUGCCCCCAAACUGUCCCCACAUGACCCCAAAGUGACCUUAAAGUGCCACCAACCCCCUGGGCCACCAUCAUGUCCUCAAGUGCCACCCCCCUGUCCCCAAAGUGCCACCCCUGCUGUGUCCUCCCCCUGUCCCCACGAUGUCCCCAAAGUGCCACCGCUCCACUGUGACCCCCUCCCCCCUCUCAGGUGCCACCACCCCCCGCGGUGGCUGCGGCCCCAAAGUGCCACCAAAGUGCCACCAACCCCCGGUGCCACCCUGUCCCCGGAGUGUCCCCAAAGUGCCACCACCCCCAAAGUGUCCCCAAGGUGCCACCACCCCCUGGAGUGUCCCCAGAGUGUCCCCAAAGUGCCACCACCCCCUAGAAUGUCCCCAGAGUGUCCCCAAGGUGCCACCACCCCCUGGAGUGUCCCCAGAGUGUCCCCAAGUGUCACCACCCCCCAAAGUGUCCUCGAGGUGCCACCACCCCCCUGAGCUCAUCAUGUCCCCAGAGUGCCACCUCCCAGUGUCACCCUGUCCCCAAAGUGUCCCCAAGGUGCCACCACCCCCCUGAGUGUCCCCAAAGUGCCACCACCCCCCUGAGUGUCCCCAGAGUGUCCCCAAAGUGUCACCAUCCCCCAAAGUGUCCCCAAGGUGCCACCACCCUCCUGAGCCCAUCAUGUCCCCAAAGUGCCACCUCCCAGUGUCACCCUGUCCCCAAAGUGUCCCCGAGGUGCCAUCACCCCCCAGUGUCACCCUGUCCCCAAAGUGUCCGCAGAGCGUCCCCACCUCAAUAAAGUGGCAGCGCCGGCA